UCCAAACAAGCUGUAAAAGUAACAUACUAUAUUACAGUUUAGAGUUCGAAAUUUCGAAACAGCUUCUCAAAGAAGGAAGAGAUGGCGGGAAGUGAUUCUUAGAAGCAAUUCCUAACUCUAAAUUCUAAUCCGCGACUUUGCAUCUGAAAAAUCUGAAGGAGAGCGAAGAAUAAUAAAUCUGAAGAAAUGAAGUCAAAAGCUUCAAUUGGAUCUUGAAAUUGCAAAUGCUGAGUUUGAAGAGGCAAAAUAUCAGAAGGAGUUUGCUGAGCAAGAGCUCAAAAGCUACGAGGUUGAAUUAGCCAGGAAUGAAUUUGCUAUUCAAGCCCUAGAGGUUUUCAAUUUCACUCGUAUUUGAAUUCGCUGAUAUUUACUGGUUAACUUUUUAAGCUAAUAAAAAACAUAUUUAAUUAGCUGAAUGUUGUAUGGGUUCGAAUUUGGUCAAUCACGUCUCAAUGGUAGCAGGACCAACCAUUAGGUAUCAACGUGUCGGUAUAGGGGGAAGAGGCGACCCAGGAAGGAAAGGAGAGACGUCCUCGCGUCGUCGUCGGUUCCGUUAUAAAAUAUACUUUUCCUUUUGUCGUUCCUGUAAUGAGUAAAGGAUCCUCCAUUAUCCAGGUCUUGUAAUUGUGGGAUCCUUUUAGAGAAACAAGAAAUACAAAUCCUCUCUCUUUUUCUCUCUAUUCUUUAUCUUUCUACUUAUCUAUCUCUUCUACUGUGGCAAGUCCAUCCUCCUAAAAACUAUGUUAGGGUUUAUUAUUUUCGACUACCAUUUACCCCUUCAUCUUUUUGAUUGAUUUGCUUAAAAAUAGUUAACAUCUUUUGAGUCAAACAAUUUGGCGCCGUCUGUGGGGAUUUCCAUAGUCAAAAUCAUAGUUCUCAUCUAGGAUAUCAAAAGCAACGAUCACUAUUCUUCAUACCCCAUAAGAACCAACAAUGGCGGAAAAAGAAGCAAGGUUGAAAAUGAUAGCAGAUGUCUCAAACAACCUCUUAGGCUCUCUCGACGAAGCCAAUAAGGAAGAUACCGAGAAUAUAACACCAAGCGGUACACCGGAGGGGGAAAUCUCACCCUCUUCGCACGUGGAUAUGACAGUCUUGCGUGAGAGAGGAGUUUCCACGUCUACGGCGAAAGAAACACCACCAGCAAUCAAAAAGCUGCUAGAGGAAUGGUUGACGAGCGCCCUAAGCAACAUGCUCGAGAAACCCCCUCAGGGAAAUGCCGAAGAUUCACCAACGGCGGAAAUCGCAAUCAUCACAGGCGAGCCGGGCCCUACACGAACGAGCAACACCCGCACUGUCAUCGACGCAGGUGGUGAUGCACUCGCAACUAUCCUAAAGAAAAUGGAAGAAAUGGAAAAUGAGAACAAAGUGCUUCUUGAUCAAAUGAAAGAGCACCAGGAAAGGGUCGACAAAAUACCUGGCGCCCCCAAGCUGCUACCAAAACGCGAUGUGGGAAGGUUUGUCGAGCAACCGUACAGUGAGGAGGCUGCUCCUUACACCAUCCCUAAAACCUUCAAAAUGCCACCAUACUUGAAAAUAUACGAUGGGACCACGGAUCCAAAAGAUCAUCUAAUCCAUUACGUCACCGCGGUAAAAGGCAAUGACCUGUCAAAAGAACAAGUGCCAUCCGUACUGAUGAAAAAGUUCGGUGAGACUUUGACAGGAGGGGCAUUAACAUGGUAUUCACAGUUACCAGCACGGUCGAUAUCGACGUUCGAGGAAAUGACAGAUAAAUUUGCCACCGCUCAUGCAGGAGCAAAGAAGGCUGAAGCUAGGUCAACGACAUCUUCGCCAUCGGGCAAACAGCGGACGAGGGACUCCGAGACUUCCUGGUCGAUUGAUGAUAUUCUGAACGUGAAAAGAACAAAGAGGCAGAAACUCGAGAUGGCUUCAUUGAGAAAAUGCGUGAACUCAAUGCACAGAUAAGGUACUGUUUGUUGAAGUAAGUUAUCGGUAGUUUUCACUUCUAUUAACACGGAUGUCAUCUUAUUUUAGUUUUUAUGUGAUUCCAUUAUGUGGCAUAUGAUUUUUUCCCCUGCAAAUAUUAGGAGUUAAUUUUUGUGUGUCCUUAAUAAGCAGUAAUGUUUUACUAUUGAAAUGGCAGUAUGAAGUCUGGCUAAUUAGGUACUACCAGUAGUUUUUUUUUUUAAAAUUAAAUUGCAGAUAAGGUUUAUAGCUCUUAUACUGUAGUUUUUUCAAGGGGAGCCUUGGCGUAACCGGUAAAGUUGCUGUCAUGUGAUUAGGAGGUCACA